ACUCGUCCUAUUCUUCUCCUUUUAUUGCAAACUGAAGUAUCUGUCUUGUCUGUCAGUGGUUUUACACAAAUGGGUAUCACAGAAAGUUCAUGGUUCUUUGUCUCUGUUAUGUUUCAUUGCUUCUCUCUCAAAACCCUUCUUUCUGAUGGAGCUAGCAUCAUCUCUGUUGGUGAUUCUAUUUCUGGAGACCAGACCAUUAUCUCUGAACCAGAUGGGAACUUCGAAUUAGGCUUUUUCGCAACAGGUAGUAAAUCUCAGAACUACUACAUUGGCAUAUGGUAUAGAAAGAUCUCAGAAAGGACAAUUGUUUGGGAGGCAAACAGAGAUAAACCCAUCUCUGAUAAGUCUUCUUCACAACUGACACUCCAAGAGGAUGGUAAUCUAGUUCUCCUAGACUCAUCCAAAACACGUAUUUGGUCUACGAAUUUGACCUCCAUAACCUUGAAUUCUACAGAGGCAGUGCUUCUUGACUCUGGAAAUCUGGUUUUGAGACACAAACUAAACUCCUCUGCUUUCAUUUGGCAGAGUUUUGAUCACCAAACUAAUACUUGGUUACCGGGUGGGAAGCUUGGGCUGAAUAAACUCACCAAUACUUCACAGAUGCUUACUUCAUGGAAGAAUUCAGAGGAUCCUGGUAUGGGGAUCUUCUCUUGUGAGCUGGACCCCACUGGAAGCAGUCAGUAUUUCCUAUUGUGGAAUAGGUCUCAAAGGUACUGGACUAGUGGGUCUUGGAAUGGGCAUAUCUUCAGCCUAGUUCCUGAGAUGGAGGGCAAUACUUACUUUUACUACUCUUAUGUUUCAAACCAGAACGAGAGCUAUUUCACUUAUAAUGUAUAUAAUACUUCUAUGAUCACUAGAUUUGUGAUGGAUGUGACAGGGCAGGUCAAGCAACUUUUAUGGCUGGACGGUGUUGGCUGGAAUUUAUUUUGGUCUCAGCCAAGACAGAUAUGCGAGGUUUAUGCUCUCUGUGGGGCUUUCAGUACCUGCAAUCAACAAGAUUUGCCCCUCUGUGUAUGUUUGCAAGGUUUUAGUCCACGCUCAACAACAAAUUAUUAUAAUCUGAGCGAUUGGUCUGGUGGUUGUGUGAGGAGAACCCCUUUGCUUUGCGGAAACAAUAUUUCUGCAAAUGGGGAGAAAGAUGGAUUCUUACCAAUACCCAAUGUUAAAUUGCCCGUGAAUCCACAAUCUUUGGCAGUUGAGAGUGCCCAAGCAUGCAAAUUGGCUUGCCUGAACAGCUGUUCUUGCACUGCUUAUGUGUAUGAUGGUGGGUGUUCAGUAUGGGAGGGGGACCUCUUGAAUCUGCAACUACUCUCACAAAGUGACAGUGGCGGAGGAAAUCUAUAUCUCAAACUUGCUGCUUCCGAGCUUUCAAAUUAUAGAGGUAAAAAGAAGGGAUCAUUUACUGGUGCUAUUGUUGGUGUUACUUCAGGGGUUGUACUGCUGUUGGGAUCAGUUUUGGUGCUAUUCUUGUGGUGGCGAAGAAGGAAUGUAUUCGGAAAUUUGAAUCAAAUUGGGGAUUCUUUGGUUCAAAUUUCAUAUAGAGACUUACAAAUUGCAACCAAGAACUUCUCCGAACUGGUAGGAAGAGGAGGAUUUGGCUGUGUCUUUAAAGGGACAUUGCCUGGUUUGACUGUUGUAGCUGUGAAGAAACUUCAAGGCCUUAGUCAAGGAGAGAAGCAGUUCCGAUCUGAAGUAAGCACGAUUGGGACAAUUCAGCACAUUAACCUCGUUCGCCUCCGUGGGUUCUGCUGUCAAGGUACUAAAAGGUUGCUGGUCUAUGAUUUUAUGCCAAAGGGUUCUUUAGAUUCUCAUCUAUUUCAUGACAGAAAGGACAUUGAGAUUUUAGAUUGGAAAACAAGAUACCAAAUUGCUCUUGGAACAGCAAGAGGACUAGCUUAUCUACAUGAGAAGUGCAGAGACUGCAUCAUACAUUGUGACGUCAAGCCAGAGAACAUACUUUUAGAUGCUGAAUUCUGUCCCAAGGUGGCAGACUUUGGCAUGGCAAAGCUUGUUGGCAGGGAAUUCAGUCGGGUGUUGACAAGCAUGAGAGGGACCAUUGGAUACCUUGCACCAGAGUGGAUUUCGGGUGUGGCAAUCACAGCCAAAGCUGAUGUUUACAGCUAUGGUAUGAUGCUCUUCGAGCUUAUAUCAGGGAGGAGAAACUCCGAUCAAUGUGGGGAUGGGAAAGUUAGGUACUUUCCUACUUGGGCAGCAAGAAAAAUCAAUGAAAAUGGAGAAAUCAUUAGCCUCUUGGACUGCAGGUUAGAAGGUUAUGCUGAUCAUGCGGAACUCACUAAAGCUUGUAAAGUUGCUUGUUGGUGCAUCCAAGAUGAUGAAGCUCAUAGGCCAUCAAUGGGGCUAGUGGUUCAGAUGCUUGAAGGGGUAAUGGAUGUUAACCCACCUCCGUUCCCCAGAACUCUCCAAACUUUUGAGGAUAUCGAGGAAGAUUUCAAUGAGUCUUCAUCAAAUUGGGGUUCGCAAGCAUUUACUUCCCAGGGCAAGAGCACUACGUCGUCAGCAAUAUCCAUGACGUGAAUAAGCUGAAACUGAGAGGGAGUUCUUAAGCAGUUCACACAAUGGAGUGAGAGCAUGGUAUAUUCCGCACGUCAACUAAGCCUCUAGCUGUAGUUUCAAAUCUCUUCUUGUAUUCUAUUCGCAACUUGUUUCUAUGUUCGGUUAUGUUGUUAGCUACAAAUGGUUUAUAGUAAUAAGAGUUAUAAACAUUAGUUAGUGUUGCA